AUGGCCAAUCCGCUUUUCAAGUCUCUUUCGCCAGAUUUCGCGGAGCGUGUGGCCAAGGCAGACAAGCUGAAGCCUCUGGCAGAGAAGCUCGGUAUCUCCAUGGCAGAGUUGGCUGUUGCCUGGUGCGUCAGUAACGAGAAUGUGUCGACGGUCAUGAUUGGUGCCAAGACGAUGGAGCAACUGGAGCAGAAUCUCAAGGCCGUCGAGGCGUUGGAGAAGAUUACUUCGGACGUGAAGGCAGAGAUCGACUCGCUAGUUCCGUUUGUGCCGGAGUUAUCGAAGUCUAUUGGAUCUGAGAUGACGCGAGGGCAUUUUCUGUAGUAGUGCUGCUGGCGGCGUUUGGAAGCUUUCAAAGUUGCCACAAACACAAGUCGUCAUCAGUGGCGGUGAAUCAUAACCCCUCUAGCUUGGAGAUGCUCGGAUUAACAUUAGCCAUUCUACAAGUUGAAGAUUGAUACUUUUCCAGAG